CAUUGAGCCUAGUCUCAUCUGUUGGACUCAGGGAUUAGUGGCCAUAUGACUAGUCAGCCUUCACGGUCGCUGGAGUGUGUUUCGUUAUUCAGGCUAUCCCGGUUUGGAGCAGGGCAAGGGCAUUCAUUCGAAUCCAUUUUAUUUAGUUUGAACAACCGACUUCGAAUUAUCUAAAAUCACGUAAACAUUCUUUAAAUAAUUUGCAUGGUCGAGGCUCUUUCUGUUAGCGCGUAGCCUAUCUCUCGAUUUGGGUAAAGAAAGGAGCGCGUAAUCCAUUUCAGGCAUGGCGCAGGGCAUAACCGGAGAGAAGUAUUGGGAGGAUAGAGUAGCCUUCGAAACAGAAGGAGCAGGUCAAGAAGUUGUAGAAUAUGGUGAUGUUUUGGAGCUUAAUCGAUUUGACGGACUACCCUACUCCUCUCGAUAUUACACAUUACUGAAGGAAAGAAUGGAUCUGCCAGUUUGGAAAGCCAAGUGUGAUUUCAUGGACAAGCUGGCCAACAGGCAGUUUAUUAUUGUCUCUGGCACGGCAAGAACUGGCAGAAGCUCUCAGAUCCCCCAGUGGUGUGCAGAGUUCUGCCUGGCUGUCCAGUACCAGAAUGGCAUGGUGGUGUGCACCCAGGUCCACAGGCAACAUACAGUGGAUCUGGCCCUGCGUGUCGCUGAUGAGAUGGACGUGAACAUCGGCCACGAAGUGGGCUACAGCAUCCCCCUAGAGACAUGCUGCUCUGGUGACACUGUUCUCAGGUACUGCACUGAUGACAUGCUGCUCAGAGAGAUGAUGUCAGACCCCAUGCUGGAGCACUACGGUGUCAUCGUCAUCGACCAAGCCCACGAGAGGACGGUUAGUACAGAUGUUCUACUGGGCCUUCUCAAAGACAUCACCCUGCAGAGGCCCGAGCUCCGCGUGGUGCUCCUCACAGCUACACACCCAGGACCCAAACUACUGGGCCACUACAAGAAUGUCCCACUGAUCCAGCUGGAGGGGGUGUGUUCAGCGGAGGUGGUGUAUACUGGUACCAGCCACAAGGACUACUUCUGCUCUGCCCUGCGUCUGGUUCUGGAGAUACACCACUCCCAAGAGGAAGGGGAUAUAGUCGUGUUUUUGGCCACAACUCAAGAGAUAGAUCUUGCCCGUGAUAUCCUACUUCGCGAGGAGGCCAAUAUACCCACACAUCUAGGGGAACUUCUCCCUAUCUCGGUGCACCCUGGGCUGGGUGGAACUCUGCCCAUGCCGGGUGAAGAGGAAGGCCGGUGCAGAAGAGUAUUCCUCACCUCCAGUCCAAAUGAAGACCUCUUUUGGGCUGUGCACAUGCUGAACUUUGUCAUUGAUGCCGGUGUCCAGAAAAGAAAUGUUUAUAACCCUAGGAUCAGGGCGAACUCAGUCGCCAUUCAACCUAUCAGUCGGAUCCAAGCAGAAAGCCGCAAACAGCUUGUAGGACCAACAGGGAAGAGUUUUUGUCUGUACCCAGAGGACACACCCCUGCCCAGUGAGACACGCCCCCACAUCCUUGAGUCUGACAUCACAUCCACAGUGCUCUUCCUGAAGAGGAUGGACAUCGGCGGUCUGGGCCGCUGUGACUUUAUCGACAGGCCAGAUCCUGAGGGUCUGAUGCAGGCCUUGGAGGAACUGGACUAUCUAGCAGCCCUGGAUGACGAUGGGAACCUGUCGGAGAUCGGCAUCAUCAUGUCUGAGUUCCCCCUGGAGCCCCAGAUGGCCAAGACACUACUAGCCUCCUGCGAGUUUGACUGUGUCAACGAGGUGGUCACCAUCGCCGCCAUGCUGACAGCACCAAGCUGCUUUCUGGUCCCCUCAAGGGAGUUGAGGCUAGAGGCCUCUCAGUGUCACCUGAAGUUCCAGCACCCAGAGGGAGACCACUUCACCCUCAUCAACAUCUACAAGGCUUUCAAACAGAACCAGCAUGAGCCCUUUGUCAGUGUGGAGAAGUGGUGUCAGGACUACUUCCUGAGUCUGUCUGCCCUGCAGACGGCUGAUGCUAUCCGCUCUGAGCUGACUGACAUCCUGAGGAGGAUAGAGCUGCCUGUCUCCAUGCCUUCCUUUGGCUCCAAGGGAAACACUCUCAACAUUAAGAGAGCGCUGCUAGCUGGCUUCUUCAUGCAGGUGGCAAGGGAUGUGGAUUCAUCGGGGAAUUACUUCAUGUUGACACACAAGCAUGUGGCCCAGAUCCACCCUUUCUCUGCCUACGGCACCAAGACACCCAAACUGGGCCUGCCGGAGUGGGUCCUCUACCAUCAGUACUCCUUCUCAGAGGACAACUGCAUCCGCACCGUGUCCCACAUAUCCCCAGAGGAAUUCAUUCAGAUGGCUCCACAGUACUUCUUCUUCAACCUGCCUCCCAGCGAGAGCAAGGACAUCCUCCAGAACAUCUUAGACAAUGGAGCUGAACACUACAAAGCGAAGAAGCUUCAAAAGAGCCCCAGCCUAGAGAGCAUACCAGAAGUCACCGCCAGUUGUGUCAUACAGUGAUUGUGAAGGCCUUGGUUGAGAAUGUCUUGGAGGCAUAAACUCCCUACUCAUUCCCCGGUACUGUAUUAUAUGAUCAUUUUCACCAGUGUUACCUUUCAGUCAUCUCAUCACCAGUGUUACUUUUGAAUCAUUGAAACUAAGAAUAAUGUUAAUGUCAAGCUAUUAGUUAAUUACUGGAAUUGAAUUAUGGGAAGAAAAGUGACACUAGCUGUCCAGAUUGCCAAUGUGUUAGUUUUAGCAAUAUUUAUAUAGGCAUCCUUUCUAGUCAAUGUAUAUUUAUUUUAUAGAGCCCUACGUAUGUACAGGGAUGUACAUUGUUUCUUGGAACUUGCAGUUUAAUAAUAAACACACUACUAAAAAUGCA